GGGUGGAGCUAUGUCCGGUGGCACCAAGCGAUAUCUUCCGCUGGCUGCAGGUUCCCGAGGAUUCUUCCCUUAUCUCAUUCACUGGGGGAAAUUCAGGAUCAUACAUAUCAUACAGGGAUCAGGGCCCUGUACCCAAAGAGGUCAACUGAUGCUGAACACCAUCUAUAGGGGAUAAGUUGUUUUUAGAUUACCAUCCCGGAAAAUGGAGAAAGACCGGAAUCAUGAAUCUGAGAGAAUAUUAAAUCUCACCCUGGAGAUCAUCUACCUGCUGACUGGGGAGGGCUAUAUAAUAGUGAAGAAGACAUCUGGGGAGCGUGCGACACCCAACAGCCGUUCCCGUGUGUCAGGAGAACUGAGCAGGACCCAGAUCCCCAUCACAGUGCCUCCACCUCACUCACUGAUACAUGAGAGGCACAAUGACCAGAAGAUCCUGGAACUCGCCAACAAGAUCAUUCAGCUGCUGACUGGAGAGGAGUGUGUAAAACGAGAUCGGGGUUGUAGCAAGAAGGUGAUGAUGAGGAAUAACCAACCCCUCACAUCACCGGAGAGGUCUGAUCAUGCAGAGCCUGAACCUCCAUCUGAUAUUAUACAGUCGGACAACGAGGAAGAAAAUGUCACCGACGCAGACCACAAUACAGCCGCCGACAGUGCAGAGAUAGAGUACACGUUAGUGACCAUCAAGGAGGAGUCCAGCUCUAGCGAUGGAGAAGACGUGAGCGACACCGACGUUUAUACACCCACAGAUCAUGCAGAUCAUCGCUCUACUCGUGUUAAGGAGGAAUCGGUGUUGUGUGAAGAAGACGAUGAAACAGAUGUUGAUAAUUAUGCACCCACCGGUCUUGCGCGAUCUACACCUUCUCGUAAAAAGGAGGAGUCUGUUUCUGGUGAGGAAGACAUCGAAACGAGUUACAUUUCCAUUCGUAUCAAAGAGGAAUCCGCCUCAGAAGAAGAGGGCAACCUAACGGACACCGAUCUGGAUGCGCAUGCUGAGUCCACAUCGCCUCAUACAGAGGGCGGUAAUGUGCAGAAGGUGAGGCCCAGAGAGUGCGAUAAACGACCAAGCCAGCAGACCUCCUGCCCGGCGCCGCAGAUAGCGGAGAAGACCUACAGCUGCCCCGAGUGCAAGAAGAGCUUCACCAAGAGCUCCGAGUUCCUGAAGCACCAGCUCAUCUACAAAGGGCCUCACUCGUUGGCAUGCCCUGACUGCGGCAAGUGCUUCGCGAAGAAGUCUCAGCUGGCCAAGCACCGGCGGAUCCACACCAGGCCGAAGCCUUACACCUGCUCCGAGUGCAAGAAAUCCUUCCCCCUGAAAUCACUGCUGAUAACGCACCAGAGGAUCCACACCGGGGAGAAGCCCUUCUUCUGCACCGACUGCGGGAAGUGCUUCACCCAACAGUCCUCGCUCAUCAAACACCUGAGGUCUCACUCGGGGGAGAAGCCCUACUCCUGUGGCACCUGCGGGAAGAACUUCAGCAGCAGCACCAACCUCAUCUUGCACCACCGGACCCACACGGGGGAGAAGCCCUUCGUCUGCUCCGACUGCGGCAAGGGCUUCGGCCAGAAGUCCCUGCUGGUCAUACACCAGAGGACCCACACGGGGGAGAAGCCCUACUCCUGCUCCGUGUGCGGCAAGUUCUUCACCAGCAAGUCGCCUUUCGUCAGGCACCAGAGGAUCCACACCGGGGAGAAGCCCUUCGCCUGCCCCGAGUGCGGCAAGUGCUUCAACCAGAAGUCGCUGCUGAUAAAGCACGAGAGGACUCACACGGGGGAGAAGCCCUUCGCCUGCCCCGAGUGCGCCAAGUGCUUCGCCCAGAAGACGUCGUUGGUGAAGCACGUCAGGACGCACUCGGGGGAGAAGCCGUACUCCUGCGCCGAGUGCGGCAAGUGCUUCUCUCGCAGCACCCACCUCACCGUGCACCAGAGGAUCCACUCGGGGGAGAAACCUUUCACCUGCUCCGAAUGCGGGAAAGCCUUCAACCAGAAGUCUGUCCUCAUCACCCAUCAGAGGACCCACACGGGCGAGAGGCCGUAUCCCUGCUCCGAGUGCGGGAAGUGUUUUACCCGUAGCACUCACCUCCUUCUACACCAGAGGGUGCACUCACUGGAGAACUCGCUGACUCACUGAGGGCCUCGUACUAUGGUCCAGACUUAAAAUGCACUCAGUAAUUGUGGAAUCAUAGCCAAGUGGACACGUUGAGCCUGAUGUGGAACUGCAUGCAGUGGUGGUGUACACGGAGUCGCUAUGGAGAAACACCGUAACAGAGAUGCCUUGCAUGGAGAGGUGCACGGACGGGCGGGGUCCAUCUUAUGGGCAUGUCGCUGUAGUGUCCUAAUUGCUCACACUGGAGGGCAUAUCCUGACGGAGAACCUGCACCUGCCUUUGGGCUGUUGGAUGUUUCGAUGGUGCGAUCUGUGAUGGUGUAUAAGGAAGCAUCAGGUGGUAUUACAGCAUCUACAGACACUGACAGUGGGAUUUCGGUCCUUACGCAUUCUGCAGCACGAAGUACACCAGGAAAGAGCUUUGUAGCUCCAUUUACACAAAGUCAAAGACUAGUGGCCUCGUCUUCAUCCAGCUCUGAGUUGGCCCUGUUCCCUCUUAAUCUUCUUUGGAAAUUGUUUCUUCCUGUGAAUGUUUUGUACACGGCCAGGAUGGACAGUGCUCUGAAUGGGCACCAGUAACGCACCUUCAUGUUUCAUUGUAUAACACGAACAGUUAUGUACAGUUUUCCCUCUCUGUAACUAAUCGUGCGUCAUCUGUUUCUUUAUACAAUAAACCGCCUCUGGCGUAUCUUCUGUCCAGAGUCCUCAGUGAUGCUCUAUAUCUGCCCAGGGCUGUAUCGUAGGGUCACAUGGAUGAGUUUCGAGGUUUAAAAGGACUCUGCCCUGGGAGGAGCCCUCAUUCGGUCGCAGGCCACUAAGCAGGAAACGUUUGUCAUGCCAAGCUUGUAGAGAUGAUAAUUCAUACAAGGUGCAAAGUUUUGUCUGAUGUAUACGGUUCUGUGCCUUUACUGUUUUACCCACGCUACCACCCAUAGGGCUUGAUUCAUGUCUGUAAGUAAAGCAAAAGAGCAAGCAACUGAGCAAAACCAUGUUGCGCUGCAGGUGGGGCAGAUGUAACAUGUGCAGAGAGAGUUAGAUUUGGGCGGGGUGUGUCCAUUGCAGUGUAAAAAUAAAGCGGUCUAACAAUUGUGGGCUACAUGCAAAUGCAGCCAGUAUUUACCCUGCAGAGAAACUAUAUCACCCAAUCAAAUCUAACUCUCUCUGCACGUUACAUCUGCCCCACCUGCAGUGCAACAUGGUUUUGCCCAGUUGCUUGACAAUUUGCUUUACUUACAAACAUGUAUCAGGCUCAGUACAUCACUUUGAAGGGUUAAAUCUCCUCUGUCAUUGUGCAUUGUGUAAAUAUUGUUUCUUUUUCUUUUGCCUUGGAUUUAGCUUGCAUUGCAUAAAAUGAAUAUAGCUCCACCCAUAGUUUGUUGGGAACUGUGUGAAAUCACCACCCCUAGAUGAAGUACUAGGCUGUAUCCUACAUCCCCCCAUGUAGCCUGUUUUAUCCCUCCUAUGCAGUAAAGUUAAACCAAUAAAGUAUUUACUUUUGCCUACCCCUCCCUGGACAUUCCAAUCCCUCCCUAGACAAUGAUGCCUUAUAUACCAUUGUUAUGAACAAUAAACGCAGAGUGAUUCUUAA